AUGGAUGCCGCGCGCUCUGAUGGUAGCGAACCAGGAGGGGCGAUGUGCCGCAAGUGCACGGUUGCUGAAGAAACCAAGCCGCCGGUCGACGCCGUCGCGUGGAGAAUAUUUUGGAAAAAUAGAGAAAGGGUGAUGCUCCUGAUCCAGGAGGCGCGCGAUAAUGCGACCGCUGUUUUAUCUUAA